GAACCAGGAAACAUUCCUAAUGGCUCCUUGAAUGCGGAGGAACUGAUGCGUCAGUUCCCUCCCUUGAUUCAGGCCAUUAAUGUUAUGAUUAAGACUCUGGCUCGCGGGCCUAGCAGCUGCUCUCCGCUUGCUCUUGAACCUCUGUCUUCGGCUCACCGCCUUCACUCCAGACUUCACCAUGUCCAUCAGGGUGACCCAGAAGUCCUACAAGGUGUCCACCUCCGGCCCCCGGGCCUUCAGCAGCCGUUCGUACACGAGUGGACCCGGUGCGCGCAUCAGCUCUUCCAGCUUUUCCCUGGUGGGCAGCGGCAGCAGCUUCCGGGGCGGCCUGGGCACCAGCAUGGGUCUGGGCGGCUUCAGCGGGGCUGGUGUAGGAGGAGGCAUCACAGCAGUCACGGUGAACCAGAGCCUGCUGAGCCUCUUGAAGCUGGAGGUGGACCCUAACAUCCAGGCCGUGAGCACCCAGGAGAAGCAGCAGAUUAAAUCUCUUAACAACAAGUUCGCCUUCUUCAUUGACAAGGUGCGCUUCUUGGAGCUGCAGAACAAGAUGCUGGAGACCAAGUGGAGCCUGCUGCAGCAGCAGAAGACGUCGAGGAGCAACAUGGACAGCAUGUUUGAGAGCUACAUCAACAACCUGCGGUGGCAGCUGGAAGCCCUGGGCCAGGAGAAGCUGAAGCUGGAGGCGGAGCUUGGCAACAUGCAGGGCCUGGUGGAGGACUUCAAGAACAAGUAUGAGGAUGAGAUCAACAAGCGUUCAGAGAUGGAGAAUGAAUUUGUUCUCAUCAAGAAGGAUGUGGACGAAGCAUAUAUGAACAAGGUGGAACUGGAGUCCUGCCUGGAAGGGCUGACUGAUGAGAUCAACUUCCUUCGGCAGAUCCAUGAAGAGGAGAUCCGUGAGCUGCAGUCUCAGAUCUCAGACACAUCUGUGGUGCUGUCCAUGGACAACAGCCGCUCCCUGGACAUGGAUAGCAUCCAUGCCCAGCAUGAGGACAUCGCCAACCGCAGCCGGGCUGAGGCUGAAAGCAUGUAUCAACCUUCACCCCUGUUCUCCCUCGGUCUUCCAUCUCCAAGAGAGUCAGUCCGCGGCAUGGAUGUUAACUAA